AUGCCUGAGGAUAUGAGCCCAUAUCAUAAUCACUGGCUUGUCCGCAAAUCAGCAGCCAACGCCUUCGCAGAAGGACUUGUGAAGUUAGACAGGUUGCAGCCGUCAAUGGUCGAAUAUGAGGUUAAACCUAUCUUUAUUGGAACGGAAGAUACAAUUGAUCUUAACGGUUCUUAUCCGUUGCUAGGUGAUCAUUCUCGACUCGGUAUCGAGAAAGUAGAUCCACGCUUUAUCGGGACUCAUGCUCGACUCUGCCCGAGCAUCCGUUGGCUCGGCAUCAAAAAGCAGAUUUCCCGGAACACGAAAGUUCACUCAUCAACAUCAACAGACCUCGAAAACCAAUCAACAGCAGGCCCCCAGACCGACCAAAGAAGCCCUUUUUCUUUUCUCGGCCUACUGAAAGCUGCGUUUCUCGCAGUCUGGCUCAUGGUCCCAGAUGGAGUGCGGAUUGUCACCUACAAGAUGUUGCAAAAGGUAGGACAUCGCCUUUACGGGAAACCUAACGCCUACGAGCUCGUCCAGAGACUCCCUUUUGGGCUCUACCUUAAAUAUUCAGGAGAUCCAGACGCAUUUCGCAACGAGUUCAACGCCCUAAAAUUGGUACGCCAGUAUAGUUCGGUCCCGGUACCUCGGCCUCUUGACUUGGUCAUUGCACCAACAAAAUCAGAUUAUCCAUUUUAUUCCCCUGAUAUAUAUCUUGUCACGUCCCGCGUUCCGGGCAUACCUAUAGCACGCUGCCAGGACAUGCUAUCUGACGAAGAUGGCGCCGAAAUCGUUGCUCAGAUGCAAGUUUAUCUGGCCCAAAUACGAGCCAUCCCCAAAGUCGUCAGCCCAGAAUAUGCCAUAUGCGACACUUUGGGUGGGGCUUGUAGAGACCCUCGCAUCAAAGGUGCAAAUCCAGUUGGGCCGUUCUUGGACGAGGCGGCUUUUAGUCAAGUUCUGCGAAACUCGGACGAGCCGAGCCGCAGGGGCCAUGAGAUCGUAUUCACGCAUGGGGAUCUGAAUUCCUGGAAUAUCUUGGUUGAUCGAGUUGUCCGGCCGGAUGGGACACGGGGCUGGACGGUGACGGGGAUUGUAGACUGGGAGACUUCCGGGUAUUACCCAGAAUACUGGGACUAUACUAAGGCGUUGUUUGAGGGGUUUAGGUAUACUGAACGGUGGCGUGACUUUAUGCACGAUAUCUUCAGGGCUUUUGGGGAUCUUUCAAAGGAGUUUGAGGUUGAGAAGAGGAGCUGGGAAGAAGGUGAUUAUAUAUGA